GGAAACGAGGCCUGGGGGAGCAAUCCGACCAGGUAGGACGUGGGAGCAGCGCGUUUUUCGGCGGGAGUAGCGACGUUUUGAGCCGGGACUGGCGCUUGUGCUGGAAGAAGGAAAGGAUCCCGAGGGAGGAAAAAUAGGUAGCGCUCCUCGCCGCGGACCUUGUUGCUGCCGCGAAAGGAGGCAAAGAUGGGUCGUAGAAAGUCAAAGCGGAAGCCUCCACCCAAGAAGAAGAUGACUGGAACACUUGAGACCCAAUUUACAUGUCCUUUCUGUAACCACGAGAAAUCCUGCGAUGUUAAAAUGGAAAGAGCUCGGAAUACUGGGGUGAUAUCCUGUACUGUAUGUCUGGAAGAAUUUCAGACGCCAAUCACUUAUCUUUCAGAACCAGUGGAUGUUUACAGUGAUUGGAUAGAUGCUUGUGAGGCAGCCAAUCAAUAACAGGAACCAUAGAGGAACUUACUGGAAGUUAAACCAUGUUUCUUAAUUCAAGGGUGUGGUUAUUUGUUUCAUAAUGCAUUGGAGGUACAGCUGAAGUGACUAGGAAAUGGUGGUUUUUGUGCUCUUUUUUUCUAUCCAGUAACCUAUCCUUUUAUAUGAAUAUUGUGGAGUUUAGAGACUAAAGACUACCAGAAAAGACCUGCAAGCAUGGGAAAGGUCAGUUUUUAUUCAGGCUGGUGCUUGGGAAAUUUCUCAAGAUUGAAGUCUUAGGUUCAGUGCAUCAAGUGCUGCUGCUCCACCUUUGUUAAUUUAUUUUGGGCUUCUACAGAAGGGCUUCCACACCAGCUUCUCUGCCAUUCUGUGAUAGUUCUUGGAAUGUUGUAUCCCUUGUGGCCAUGUUAAAUUUGCAAGUAUAGUUAGCAAGAAUACAUGGAAUGUAAGAAAAAAUAGCCCUAUCUUGGUCCCAUCAUAUAAGCUUUUAGAUUUAUUUGGUGGAAUAAUAAUCAUGAAGACAACCUUUUUCUUAAUAAGGUGUCUCCAGUUAGAAUGGCAGUGUGUUGCCUCUGUGUUCUGACAUGCCAGAAGAAGUUGUGUGCAGGACUCUUCUGUGGCACCGGGCCUGGAAUUUUGAGAACUGUAUUAUUAUAUAAUAAAGUUUAAUUCAGAGAAGCAAACCUGCUUGUCUCACUGAGAAAUUGUGCCAUAAU